GUCUCUUUCAAAUGUUAUCUUUACCUUUCUAAUAAAUUUUCGACUAAUUGUUGGAUUACAAUGAAUUAAUAGAAGCUUAUUUCAUACACAAAAAGUGAGGUUCAAACUUGCUGGUUGGUUACGUCUAAAUGUCAAUGUCAAGUCACAAUUAGUUAGGUUGUGAAGUCGGCUCGUAAAACUGAUCGUGGCAAGAUGAGUAUUCUCAACGCACACAUACGCAUGGUGAACGGACAAAACACGCGCCGCUUCCACACGGAAAACAUGCGCAAACCGAACGCGUCGUACAACGCUCCAGCUCCAACCCGCACCUUCGCCACCAAGCUACGAAUUGACGAGCUUAACCUAAACCUGUGGCCCGACCUGGAGGAACGGGCUCAAGAAUUCUCGAGGGCCGUGACUCGUCCGCCGCCCCGCAACAAUCGCCAACUAAAACCGACCGUCAGCGAGAAGGGUAAAUACGUGUACGAGGAGAAUGAGUUCAGCAAGCGGGCCAUCAGCAAUUUCGGGUCUGUCGAUCAGAACUUUACCAUGGAGUUGUACCGGUCGCGGCAGAAGGUGUGCGGCCUGUGCCUGCGCGAGAUCGGCAGCCGGUACGACAAGAGGUUCGGGAUAUUGCCCAACUGCGGCCACUGCUACUGCAUCAUCUGCAUCAGACGCUGGCGCGCCUUCCAGCCGGAGAAGGGAAGAUGUCCGCAUUGCAAUAACAGGUCGUACUUCAUCUAUCCCAGCAUCGUCUGGGUGGAGCACAACGAGUACAAGAAGUACCUGAUCAAGAAGUACAAGGAGGUGCUGUACAACAAGGAGUGCAGGCGGUUCAACAGGGGUGCCGGGAUGUGUCCGUUCGGAAACGUGUGCUUCUUCAGGCACACGUUGCCCAACGGCGAGAGCUGCAAUUUGGGCGUACCUGGAUGGAUGAACUUCGAUGCUGAUCAACUACCCCGCGAGGGGGUUUAUAUGCCGCUCGGACGCAAUCGUUACAAGUCUCUACGUGGAUAAUUUACCAAUUAAUAAUUCAAUUAAUUCAGUGUCUAUUAUACAUAGUUCAUUUCGUCAAUAAAAAAUUAUUUAAGUA